AUGUCUGGUAAAGACGAUACCCAAGAAAGGUUAUUUGGGCAUAAACAAUAUCUUGAGUCAUCGUCAGCUUCUCGUUCUUCAAGGACUAUCACCGAUAAUCCACUCUUUCAACGUCUUGCUCCAAAAGUCAAUCCUAUUAAAGUGCCAUUACCGUUUGACAACGAAUCUGAUUCUGACGAUUCAGUUCGAUCCUAUAGAACAAUGGCUCAACAAAGGACAUUGAAAGAGUUGGCAGUGCCAAAUCUUGACCAACAACCACUUUGCAUCCACUAUCCACCGUUGGAUGUAAACUUUGAGCUGAAGCCGGGCCUCAUCCCUUUAUUGCCUUCUUUCCAUGGGCUGCCUGGUGAGGAUCUGAAUAAACAUUUGAAGGAGUUUCAUAUUGUCUGUUCUAGUAUGAAACCUGUUGCAGUGACUGAAGAUAAAAUUAAGCUGCGAGCUUUUCCUUUCUCCCUAAAGGAUGCAGCUAAACAGUGGUUGUACUAUCUUCCACCUGGUACUGUUGAAACCUGGAAUGUUGGAAGCAUCAAGAAAGAGAUCUGUGGUAUAAGGAAAUAUACAGGAGAGUCUUUGUAUGAAUAUUGGGAGAGAUUUAAGCGGUUGUGUGCUAGUUGCCCUCAUCAUCAGAUAAGUGAACAGCUCCCCAUUCAGUACUUUUAUGAAGGAUUACAAUCACUGGAUAGGAGUAUGAUUGAUGCAGCCAGUGGAGGUGCACUAGUUGAUAAGAAUCCUGUUGUAGACAGGAGCUUGAUUUCUAAUAUGGCUGCUAACUCACAACAGUUUGGCAUUCUCCAAGAUCCAAUUCCACCACCCAAAUCAGCUAAUGAAGUGAGCACCUCUAAUGCUAAUCAGCUGGGUCAACAAUUGGCUCAAUUAACUGCAAUGGUACAACAACUAGCUUUAGGCCAACAGGUGAGGCCAUGUGGAAUCUGUCAAGUUGUGGGGCAUGCUACUGAUACUUGCCCUACUCUAUUUGAGGGAGAAACUGAGGGUGUUAACGCUUCUACAUCUACGAGACCACCUGGUUUCACUUUGCAACAACGGUCUCAAAAUAAUUUUGUACCUAGACCAUCACAAGCACCGCAAGCUGCUCCACCACCAAGUGCCAAACCCUCUAUUGAGGAUUUAAUCAAUGCACUUGCUACAAAUACUCUUCAGUUUCAGCAAACCACCCAAGCUUCAAUCAAAAGUUUGGAGAAUGAGGUGGGACAAUUAGCAGCAUCAUAUAACAGGUUGGAAGCUCAUCUGUCUAAUAAAUUUCCUUCACAACUUGAGAUGAAUCCCAAGGAGAAUGCUAGUGCAAUAACUUUGCGAAGUGGGACGCAAUAUGAUCCACCUAGUCCUCCAAUGCCCAGUAAAUUUUCAUCGAAGCCACAAGUUGAUUGCACAGUUAAUGAAGAUGUUCCUUCAAAACCAACCACCCCUACAUAA